GAGCUCAGAACGAGUUUGUUAGCAUCUCUGCAAGCUCAGUCGCGCUCUGGCUCUCGAGAGGAACGCACGCCGCUGCGGCGGACCACGAGUAUUAGUGACGCGCGUGUCAAUCGGUGACGUCGUCGUGGUGAUUGAUUGUUUGAUCACGCCGUGUCUGUGGUGUAACCCGGCGUGUAGUGAGGUGUGAUUGACCUGUGAAUAGUUCGAGUUUAUUGUUCGUAACAAAUCGUGGGAGCUUACCUCUGGUAUGCAACUGUACGCUUUUGUAUAGCUGUAUGGAGAAAUUCUUCUGUUUUGUCCUGUUAAGCGGCUUCGCGGUGCUCGGUUGUAUCUGCGGUUGCGACGAGUGAGAGACGAGUUUCAUUAGGUGCAACAGGCGGAGGAACUGAACUCGCUGGUGGGAGAUGCUUUCCGAAUGGCGUUCGCCUCGCAGCUGCAGCCCUCCGCGCCGCUCUGGAGUAAGGAGUUGAGCGGCAGCGACUGUGGCAUGGUGCGCGCGCCCGACUCGCUGCCAGGCCUCACGCACCACUAUUGUAGCGACAGGUCUCCAGCGAAAUGCAACAUAAUGGGAGUAUCGAAGCUGGUGAACGAGCCGAGCCCCAGCAGCUCGGAGGAGUCGAACUCGCCGACGGAGCUGAACUGCUACCGGCGGCUGGGCGAGCGGCCGCCGCUCAUGAAGCGCCUCGCCAUGGGGCUCAGCGGCGCGCUGCUGCAGCCCGAGGACGACGACUCCACGCCGCUCGUCGCCGACACACCCACCACGCCCACGAACCUGCCGCUGUGCAUGAACGGCGGGUACAUAAACGAGGCGUCGGAGUCAGAGGCGCGAGCGCGGGAGGCGCCGCCCGCCGUGCCCGCCGCGCCGCGCCGGCAGGACUUGCUGCCAGAGCUCGACGCUGACUUCAGAAGGUGUACCAAUAUGAAGAAUAGUGAGUCGGUGACGUGCAGCCGCACGACGUCGUCGUCGUCGGGCGCGUCUUCGUGCGGCGGCGCGCCCGCGCACUGCGCCGUGCCGCGCGCCGAGCCCGAGCUGCGACACGCGCCAUGGUUCCAGCACGGCAUUCCUAGAGAGAUAGCACUGGAAGUGUUAGGCGCGGCGCCGGUGGGCGCGUUCCUGGUGCGCGGCAGCACGACACAAGCCGGCUGCUUCGCGCUGUCGCUGCGCGUGCCGCGGGACUUCACGCGCGCCGGCAUCGCGCACUACCUCAUACUCAGGACGCCCAAGGGAUACAAGAUUAAGGGUUUCACAAAAGAGUUCUCGUCCCUAAUGGCGCUGGUGACGCACCACAGCGUGAUGCCGGAGCUGCUGCCGGUGCCGCUGCGGCUCGCGCGCAGCCCGCGCGCGGCGGCGCGGCGCGACCACGCCGACCUGGACGCGCUGCACGCGCCGCACGCGCCGCCGCCGCCGCACCGCGCGCCCGCCGCGCACCAGCACCACUUCCUAGCGCAGCUCGAUGUCUAACACUGAAAAGAUAGCUUCUAAAAACCUAGCCUAGGGUGCCCUGGUAUUUCUGAUUCGCCAUUACACAUAAUAUUGUACUACAGUUCGUAUGUAUCUCCGGUGAAAUUAGUUGAAAGAAUGAGCAUAAUUUUUAACUGGGAAUCUGAAAAAAUAUUCAACCAAAUCUAUGCAUAUUAUGUUCCGAGGUUGUAAACCUAAUUGCAUGAGAGUUACACUGCGGCUGAGUGUGUGGUAUGAUGCAACUGUGCAUAUUAUGCAGAUUAGCUUAAAGAACAAUCGCAUAUCUGUGGCUUCGAUCAAUAUUCCAUACUUAAUUCAAUGCAUAAAAGUAUUGUCAACGAUUUCACCUGAUCACACAGUGAUAAAACAAUAUGGAAAGACACUAAAGUAAUAACUUUACACUGUUAACAAAAACAUGGUGAAAAAGUUAAUAGUUAAACGCACAUAGAUUUAAUA